UUCAAGGGCUUCCUUAACCCCCCGCUUUGCCGCUGAGUGCCCGACGGCUUCAGGUCACCCCAAAGGGCUCUUGGUGCCCGCGACUAAAACAAUUCCAUACGUUUACUCCCACUGCUUGUCCUGCAGCUCUCGCUUGGCUGGCUUCUCUGAACCUCGCAUGCGGCUCGUAAAAAUCUCCGGCUUUCUCCUUUUCUUUCCUUUCCGCCUUCCUUCCGCUGCCUGUCCACUACGUCGCGUUCGAAGGAGCGACGGAAGUCUUCAGCAACGACGAAAGUAGAAAAGUGUACUUGAAGAACGAGGGUCGAACGAAGACGGUACGAAUAAAGGGAUUGAUUGGUGUACGUCGGUGUGGUGUUUCGGACAGAUACAGUCGUGAUCGUCCUCGUUUGUACGGGAAAAGGACAUAGAUCAGUAGUCGAAACCGAUCGCUGGUCAGACGCGUCGCCCGAUCGGGAACGGUCGACGUCGGAACGGACCAAAUUGGACGACGAUGAAGUGAUGAUACACGCGGAAAUUAAACGCGUUCUUUAAAAUUUCGCGGUUAAGUGGUGGUUCAGGAAUCGAACAAAGUGGGAAGAGGGUGUAUCGGUAAACGGAAGUGCACACGGCGGUACGGGAAGCGGAGCGAAGGGGUGGGCGAGGCAGAGAGCGGAGCAGAGAAGGGGGUGUCGUUCGGGAUCCUGCGUGGGCGAGUACCCGUGGUGGUUACGGUACUGCGCGAGCCGAGCCGAGCGCAGACGGAUCGCGGGGGUGAGCCGUCGCUCGGCAUACGUCGAACUAGGUGCCCCGUGUUGGGGCGUCUCCUGCCAUCGAGCAUCGGUGUCGUGCAGUCGAUCGGGGGACGACCACCGCCUUCUUCGAAAGUCACCGUUUGGUCCCGAAUCGAAUCAGAUCGUACAGCACCGGACUGGAUUGGAUCGGAACGGGCGCAUCCCGCCUUCCUCGUCACCCGUUUAAUUCCCCACCGUGGUGUCAGCGCAGACACGGCGACGACGAUGAGACCACGACGAUGGUGCUCGUGGUAGCGCGACCACAGUGCGUCGUGGCCAGUGCGGGCGUCGGCAUCGUCGUCGGUUGUGCACGCGAUCGGACGAGCAAGGAGAUGGUGUCCCCAGAUCGUUCGAAUAAAAGUGAUUUGGUUGCUAACGCUGCCGCCGUCAGUGCCGUGUCCGCGUAUCCCAACGUAAUCGACGUCGUAGCCGUUGCCUUCGCCUUCGCCGCCGCCGCCGCCGCCGUCACCAGCGUCGUCGUCGUCGUCACCGCCAGCGCUGCCGUUACUAUCGCUGCCGUCACUACCACCGUCAACGCUGCCGUGACUGUCACCGCCAAUCCCGCCACUGCCAAUACUGCCGUUUUUGACGUCGCGAGCAUGUUCGUCCUCGCUGCCAACCAGGCUUCCAGUGCGUCUCGUCAGACAGUUUAACACCCUCAUAUCCCAAACGGUUCGGUUAGCGUGCACCGGAGUCUUGUAGGGAAUCCGGAAGUAACUGACGAACGGAGAAGAAAAG